GAGAGCAUCUGUUUCCACGCACGCGCACAGGGAGGAUGCUGGCGCGGCGCGCAGACAACAGCCACUGAAGAGAACCGGACUCGCCGACACCAGGCUUCAUCCGGCACCGAGAUCCCGGGACCGGUCCGGACCGAACCUCCGGAGGAACAUGAAGAAAAGCAACCAGAACAAACGGGGGGUUCAGGAUCCGGGGCAGCAGCCCAUCCAGCAGCCAGAGAAGGCAGGCUGGAUCAGGAAGUUCUGUGGACGAGGGAUCUUCAGAGAACUUUGGAGGAACCGCUAUGUGGUUCUGAGAGGAGACCACUUGUACAUCUCUGACAAGGAGGUGAAGGACGAGCGGAAAGCACAGGAAGUCUUUGACCUCGCUGAUUAUGAGCGGUCGGAGGAGCUGAGGAAAGCCAAAAGCCGAAGCAAGAAAAACCACAGCCGGUUCACGGUUCUGCGCUGCCGCCAACCCGGAAACACUGUUCCGAACCUAAUUUUUCUGGCCGUAAGUCCUGAGGAAAAGGAAUCGUGGAUUAAUGCCAUCAACAUGGCUAUCAUCAGAGCCAAGAACCGGGUUUUUGAUGAGGUAACCGUUGAUGAUGACCAGGUGUUGGUUCAUCCCACAAGAGACCGAGCGAGGGUUCCUUAUGGCCGUCGGCUGCCGACCAGAGGACACCUCGCGGCUGUGGCUUCCUCCCACCGUAUGCUGACCCUUGACUUGGUUGCUGAAGAGGACUGCUUCUUUCCUCAGUGUCACAGUGGGAUACAGAAAUUCUGGGAAAACAGUUUCCAUGGGGAAAGUUCUUGUGGAUCGCGUGGGUUCGGAUGUCGUCAGCGGGCUGGGACCGAUGUCUCAAAGCUGCGAGUGACCUCCAAGGAGCCCCGAGUGAAGACGGGAAGCCUGCCCAGGGGCACUGAGCGCUCAUGGUGCAAACAGCCCCACCUGGAGGCUGCACAGUUCCACAAGACUCAACAGUCUCAAACACCGCAGCCUGGGAAGCGCUUCACCCUGCAGGGGCGGAGUCGCUGCGCCUCAUUGGAUGAAGUCCUCUCCUCCAGACCGGCAAUGAUCCGCUCCGAGUUGCGCUCUGCUUUGCGCUACUGUCCCACCAAAGAGGAGGGACAGGGCGGAGCUUCAGUCCAACCAGUUGGUCAGCUGCAGAGUCUCAUCGCUCAGAGGAUGCAAAGAGCUCAAGAACUGCUGGAGGAGAUGAGACUACAGGAGCUGCAGAAGGCCAAAGCUGAAAGAGAGCGAGCCAACGGAUCCCCUUACCUGAAGAGCCUCGACUCCCCUCGCCUCCACCACCUCAGGGGCUCAGAGUCUCCUCAUUCCAGCAGGUCUUCUGGAUCUCAGAGGAGCCGAAGCAGUGACUCUCCUCGUCUUCGAGGGAAAGAGUCUCCACGCUCCAAAGUCAAGAGGAAUCGCUCCAAAGGAACAGACUCACCUCGGUCCAGAGGAUCCCGUUCGCCCAUCUCCAAAGCCAACACCUCACCUCGACUUGGUGCGUCUCCUCAUUUGUCUUCCAGUGAUGCACCUCCAACAAAACACUCAGGAGCAUCAAAACUCCAGAGUUCUGCUUGUUCCAGUAAAGAUGAAGACUUGCCUGAAUCAGGAUUCAACGCUGCACAUGACGAUGGAUUUGAUCAAACCGACUUCCCUCAGCUGAGGAGCGAAAAGGAGUCACCUUGCCAGAGUGAGAACUUCCCAAGUGUGUCCGGAUCCUGUGAGUCCUCGCAGUCUAAAAUCCCAGACAGCCUUUCCUCGCUCUUUCUUGCCUCCCCUUCUGCUCCACUGACAGAGGAGGAGCUGGAGGUGGAGAGGAGGCGUGCUGAGGCUGAGCGCCUCCUCGAAGAAGCCAUGUCAUCAUGGAAGGAGGCACAGGAGGUCCUGCAGGAGGUGAAGGAGCUGCAGAGCCAGACGCUCCGACGUCAACGCAGGAAGACCUACGAGAAAACAACGUCCACAGCGGCCAGGUCGCCUACGGCGACGGGAGGAGGCAACGACACAGAUGAGGAGGAAUCUGAGACGGCUUGACCAGGAUUCAUUCUGUGAACGUUUAUUAAAUUAUUGAAUUUUCUCAGCAAAAGUAGCAGCGUGAAAAAA